AUGGCAAUGGAUCCUCCCGAUGUAGUUCUAUCGCCGGAACGUGAAGCGGUCGGUAGCAGCAGCAAGACGGCGGCACUGCUACAACUGCAGCACCGUGCCCAUCCACAGACACCGCCGGCAGCGUUCCAUCUAGCGGGCGAUGGUGGUGGGCACCAACGGUCGGUAGUGUUACUGCAGCAGCCAUCCACCACCACAACGAUGGCAACGAUGGCAACGGUAACGCCACCGAGCAGCAGCAGCAUUGGCAGUGCUGGUGCCACGCAGCUAACCAGCAUUGCCGUACCGACGGCAUUGCUAGCCUCUGCCGGUCAGCUGCAAUCGGUAGCGGGUGGUUCGAACAGUUCGGCGGUGGCGACUCCUUCCAGCCUGGCGGCAACGAAUGUCUCGCAGCCAGCGCCUCCUAUCGAGCGGCUGUCACGUCCCAUGGCAUUCGAUAAGAUGGAAUCAUUGGUCCGUGAGAUGCAAGACUCGGAGAACGGUGUACCGGUGCGCAGCCAGAAACUAUUCCUGACGUCUAUUCCAUCUGCGUUUAUGGGUAUGCUUGCCGCAAACUGAUGCGCACCACGAGCUUCGGGUCUUUAAUAUAGCUUCCUUGUUUUUGCAGGAUACGAUCUGAUAGAAUGGCUGAUGGAGCGAUUAAGCAUCGAAGAGUCCGAGGCGCUGAACAUCAGUAACCAGCUGUGCCAACAUGGUUACUUUUUUCCCGUCUCCGACUCGAAGACGCUAAUGGUGAAAGACGACUCUUCCCUGUAUCGCUUCCAAACACCCUACUAUUGGCCCUGGCAGCAGAAAGCACCGGAUCAGAUCGAGUACGCCAUCUAUCUGGCGAAGCGGUCGCUGCGCAACAAGCAGCGCCACGGCCUGGAGGACUACGAAACCGAGGCGCUCGCCAGCCUGCACAAAAACCUGAAGGGCAAGUGGGACUUCAUACUGAUGCAGGCGGAGGAGCAGGUCCGGUUAGCGAAGGACCGUAAGAAGGGAGACAAGAUCGUGGGCGAUUCGCAGGAGCGUGCGUACUGGCGCGUGCAUCGACCACCGCCGGGACAGUUCACACCGCUCGAGCCGUGCCCGAUACCGUCCCGCGAUCGGCAGGGUAAGCCGCGCAAGCGUACGGUAGAAGACUGGCAGCGGGAGGUCGACAUCCUGAAGGCAUCGCUCGGGCGCAACCGCGUGAAGAUGUCGCAGGCGUGCGAAAGUCUGGUCGUCUACUACGAAACGUUCAGCGAGUACGAUCCGAUGAUGCAACCGCCAUUACCAUCGAACCCAUGGGUGACGGAGGACGUUAGCUUCUGGCAGCUGAACAAUCCGGUCGUGGAGAUACCGACGGAGAAGCGCGUCAAGCGCUGGGGCAUCUCGAUCGAGGAGGUGGUGUCGGACCCGACCGGGCUGCAGGAGUUUACGCACUACCUGAAGAAGGAGUACUCGCACGAGAACAUACGCUUCUGGAUGGCGGUGAACGAUCUACGGCGCUCCUCGCACUCGCAGAUUUCGCGCAAGGUGAAGGAAAUCUACGAAGAGUUCCUGGAGCCCGGCGCACCCUGCGAGAUCAACAUCGACGGUAAGACGAUGGAGAAGGUACAGCAAGGUCUGAAGAAUCCGUCCCGAUUUGCGUUCGAUGCGGCGGCCGAACACAUCUACAUGCUGCUGCUGAAGAAAGAUUGCUAUCCACGGUUCGUGCGCUCGGAACACUACAAGAGCUUGAUGGUGAACGCGAUCCAGCCAUCGCUCAAGAAGCGUUUCUUUGGCUUUGGUGGUGGUGCGAAGAAGAAGGGUUCAACCUCGACCGCACCGAACCCAUCGAUGCUGACGCAGCCAUCCACCGGACAAGCGGGAUCGGGCAACGUAAACAGUCUGUCCAAACGACGCGGUAGUGAUCGCAGCCUGUCAGGAUCGGCGCACGAGUUGGCGAUAUCGGGCGUGAAGGAUUGUUCCAAAGUGCCACAUUCUCAUAGCCAAAGCAACCUUAGUGACAUUCCUUACAGCGUAUCGAUCUACCGUGGUGAUAUGCCGUCCGGUGUGUACGAGGGUGUCUCGGCAUCAUCCAGUAGUACACCGGUGCGAGGCAACGUACGUGUGGCAGGUGGAAAGCAACAAGAGAUGAACAAAAGCCUGGGAACUACACUCGAGGUAACGCUGGAAGGUUCAGUAUCGGGAUCGUGCGCCGUAUGCCCUUGGGAUACGCCCGUCAUCGAGAAACCGGUCUCUGACACCUCCGUGUCGGUCUCGGUCUGUCCGUGGGACAGUGCCGAUGCAAAACCUCCACCAAAGGCGGACAGCAGCAAGGUGAAGCAGUGCAGUGAUCUACCGCACAGCACUACCGAGAUAAGCGAGGUGUCCGAGCGAAUGAAGCGAUCGUGUGGCUUGCGCCAGAACACCCUCGACGGUGAUUUUCACAGCACCAAACGUUUGGCACCAGUUGUGACCGAACAGCGACGGGCUUCCAUGACGAUGGCUCCGAGAUUAUCGGAUCUUCAAUUCUGUAUGCGUGCUAACUCCACCGGUAGCGGUGCGACACCACCCGACAGUACUGGAUGUCUGGCGACUCUGCAACAACAGCCGCAGCAGUACCUGCAGCAUCAGUCGUCGGUGCGCAUCUCGCAAGGUUCGCUUUCGACGAGCUUCGAGGAGAAGGAGGAGGGUGCUGGAUCGGUGUGCCACAUUCCAGAGUCCGUCAACGCACCUACCAUCUCCGAGGAGAGCGUUCUAGUCGGCGGUGGUAUCAAUCUGGCUGAUGGUACCACGCACCACGAGCGUUUGCAGGACCGCCACCGGCAAAGGUCGGGUGAGGAGACUGGUGAGGGAGGCAGCAGGAGUGAGCGGACGGAUGUUGGAGCUACCAGAGCACGCGACAGUGUCAUAAAGCAACCAUCGCUAAACACUGUCUCUAGUACGGGUACUAUCUAUACUGUGCCGGCAGACACCACCAGUACGGCACAGCACACAGUGGCGGCGGACAUGAUGCAGCAGAGAGCGUACGGUACGAGCAGCGUCCCAGCAACUACAAAAGCGGUGUGCCACACACCGACUACUACUACUAUAUGCACAUCGUCGGCUGGUAUGGGCGGUGGAGGCAGGGAGACGAUGGAUGCGAACAGUCAGCGUCCGACGAACGUGGACACUGCACCGGAAUCAACCACUGGUACACCUAGGAUAAGUGUAAUCUAUGCUAACACACCCGACGAAGACGAGGAGGACGAUGGCGCGGUGGAGGAGAGAAGAAUCGGCAAGGAUAAGCAGAAGGAGGAGGAGAGGGAGGAGAAAGCACAAGCCAUUGGGAAGCAGCAGCAGCAGCAGGGGACAGACCUCUAUCGUAUGCAAUCGCUCGAUAGUAGCGCGAGAGGCGUCGAACGGCACAACAGCACAGCGACCGACGGUGUCAGCAGGUCUGAGCCGAAACACACUGCUGGCACUGGUAGUACGGCGGCCAGCGUCGCCACGCAAACGAUUGACGUGCUGCAGGGAGACGUUGGGCAGGACAUGUCACCGCUCACCGAAACCGAGGACGGCUUCUACGCGGAGAGUCUGCGGCAGCAACCACACGGCCCCGGCGUACUCGAUACCAGCGAGUACGACAUCAUCAUGGACAGUGGUGAUAGUGGUUUGCUGCCGGGUUGUGUCGCACCUGCACCAACGCCCGCACCGUCGAUCGCGCCGCUGGCCGAGGUAGAGCUAGACCCACCGGACGACGAGGCGGACGUGGAUGAGCCCGAACAGCAGCAGCCGAUUGAUCCACCGGAACCACCGUCCGGAACGUCCGGUGCGGCGACGGUCGUUAUCGUUGACGAUUUGAGCAAACGCCGCAAGCGCAAGGAGCGCAAGGAUCGGGGCCAGGAGCCGGACACGAUCCGCGCACAAAAGAGCGAGGAAGACAACAGCGAACGGAAGGGCAACGCUGUCUGCCCAUGGGACGAUGAAGGCGAAUCAGCAGCGGACGAUGCACCGUACGUGAAGACUUACUCCACCCUGGGAUAUCUGUAGACAGUU